UUAUAUUAAAAAAAAAUCUAUAGCAAUCUUCUAAAAAUCUAUUAAGCUCUAUAUCUACUAACUCUUUCUCUCUGAAUUGAUCUUAUUUUUCUUUAUCAUAGAGAGAGGAAAGCCAUCAUAGAGGAACUGAACACACCUUAGAGAAACUGAUGAUCACAAUUUUCAACAACUGAUAAAAAAUUUAGUGACUAGUUUUGGAAAGAAUUUUAAAAUCAAGAAAGAACUUGUGUAUCCAAUAUGUUCAGUGUAAUCAGUGUCGGAUAGUGUUAAACAAUUUUUCAAGUGCUCGAUCCAUGCAAGAAUCUUUCCAAUGAUCAUGCACUCUUCAAGAUACAUGUAUGCAAAACAUUCAUCUUGUACAUGUCUCAAUGAAUCCAGUUGAUGAAGUUUGGACGAUAUGUUCAAGGGGAAAGGAUUGCGUAUCGAAGUGAGAAGCUGCUUCGAGAAUGGGUUGCAAGAGUAGUGUUUUGGAAUACGUAGAGGAUACAGGGGAGAAAAAGAGAAAAGAAUCGGAUAUGGAGCAAGGAUUUCUAUUUGAAAAGACAGAGUACGAUAUUUUAAGGAGAAAAUCGUCGUUCGAGGAUGUUGACGAUGAAAAAAAUGCAGAUUAUUCAACGUUGAUAGGAUCCCAUGAUACUGAACCCCAUCCGUUAACGAACAGUAUUCCUAGUCUCAUAAAAAUAUUACUGGUCUUCCCCAAAGAUGAUCAACAAAUGGAUAUCCUUGCUACUACUUCGAGGCGUUUGGGAUGGAGCGUGUCAGUUGCAAAAGACGCGGAAAAAGCACUCGAAUUCUUCCAGGCUCGAGGCCACGAGUUAGUGAUCAUCGAUCAUCGGGGGCAUCGCGCUGCGGAAGCUGACAUUAUUUGUAGAGCAAUCAGGGCUAGUCCUUUAUAUUAUAAUUCCAUAAUUAUAGCUCUUGUAAAAAAAUCGUAUCUCAUGCAUAGCGAAAGUGAAAAAAUCGUAACAUUGGAUUUAAUGGAAAUAGGAUACACCAAAGUAAGUUUUUUUAAAAUAUCGUUGGAAGAUUUCGAUUCUGAUGAAAUUUUUCAUAUAUAUUUAUCUUGGGCUUAUUUUCAGACUUUAAUGGAAUGCGCUCACGAAAGAAUCUUAAUAAACGAAUUAGUAGGAAUUUAUACUAGCGGAAUAUUACCGAGGACACAACUGGUUGCUGCCAACAUGCUGUAUAUCGCUCUUGACAGAUGUCGUGAUAUGAUACAUGUGACGAACGAUAAAUAUAUUAUACAGUUUGCUAAUAAAAUUAGUGAAAAAUUAUUAGGCUACAGGAUUAAUGAACUUUGGGGCAAAAACAUUACAGAUUUAAUUUUGUAUGAUAAUUUUAUUCAAAUGGAGCAACAUAUAAUCAAAGGCCGAGAAUAUGAUGGGAAUUUGAACUGUAUUCGAAGAAACAAUCAAAUGAUAACGAUUAAUUGCAGGGUGAUACCUUUCGCCUAUUUCAAAAAACCGACUCAUUAUAUUUUCAUAUUCGAUACAACAUAUUUGUCAGAAAAUAUUCAGCCCCUGCUUCAGCCCACUCAUCCAAAAACUGUGGUUAUAACUCAAAAAAGAAUAUCUGAAAUCGAUUUCAAAGGAAUUCAAGAAGUUCGCAGACGGCUCAGUAAACGUGAUUUACAAACUUUGCAAUUAGAAGCACCCAUUACAAAAGUGAUCGGCCUCCUUACGGCCUCGAUUAAAGAAGAUACAUCGUCCGAGACGAAAGAACAAAUCGAGAAGGUAUCGCAUCAAUUAUGUCGUCCAUUUCUUUUCACCAAUUCUAUUUCCACAUAUAUAUAUUUCGUUUUUAAUAUGAAUCAAUUAAUUACAAUGCAGGCGAUUGAUAUUCUCAAAACUACCGAACUUUAUUCACCAGUUUUUAAAGAACAAGGUGAUCCAGCGGCCGAAUUCAUCGAGGCCUUAAUUACACCAAAAAAAUCAUGGGAUAUUAAGAAACCAUCUGUAGAAUCAAUUCGAGAAACUCCUUCGAAAACAUUAGCUGCCUCCACGCGUAUGCAGAUCAAAGGUUACAGGGGUCCUCAAGAAAUUGCAGAAAUUCUACAGAAGUGUUUGGAAUGGGAUUUCGAUAUAUUCAAAUUAGAAAUAUUAACGGAAAAAAGAGCGCUAUUAUUUUUGGGAAUGACUAUCAUGAAUCUGUUUCGCGUCCCAGCUAGACUUGGUUGUGAGGAAAAAAUUGUACAAAAUUGGUUAAUUGUAAUAGAAGCUAAUUAUGACAGUAUGAAUCGUUAUCAUAAUUCAACACAUGCUGCAGACGUAUUGCAAGCUACUGCUAUAUUCAUGCAAACGGAAAGGCUGAAACAGGUUUUGGAACCUUUAGACGAAGUCGCAGCUUUGAUUGCAGCUGCUGCUCACGAUAUUGAUCAUCCUGGUAGAUCGAGUCAAUUUCUAUGCAAUUCUGAUAACAAACUAGCGAUCCUUUACAACGAUUUGACCGUUCUUGAAUCACAUCAUGCAGCAUUAACAUUUAAAUUAUCGCUAUCAGACGAUAAUGUGAAUAUAUUUAAAAAUCUGGAAAGAGAUACUUAUAAACAGCUUCGCCAAAGUGUGAUAGACAUGAUUCUAGCCACCGAGAUGACGAAACAUUUUGAACAUCUUGCGAAAUUUAUGAAUGCCUUCAGCACAAGGAUUCCAGAGAUAUAUAUCGAAGGUACUCAGGAUAUAGAUGUAUCAACUGCGAUACUGCCAGAGAAUAUAAUAUUGGUGAAGAGAAUGAUAAUCAAAUGUGCGGACGUAUCGAAUCCUACUCGACCGUUGAAAUAUUGCGUCGAAUGGGCCAGACGAAUUGCAGAAGAGUAUUUUAGUCAAACUGACGAAGAAAAACAAUUGCAUCUUCCAGUAAUGAUGCCAAUGUUUGAUAGAAUAACAUGCUCGAUACCAAGAGCGCAAAUCGGUUUUAUCGAUUUCAUUAUCAACGACAUGGUCGAGGCAUGGGAUGUAUUCAUCAAUAUGCCGGAGAUAGUGGGAUUUAUGAGACAAAAUUACGAUAAAUGGAAAGAAUAUAACGAGAAAGGCAUAACAACUCUACAGGAUAUCGAAAAGAUACAAGAAGCAGUUCCUGAACUUAAAAUAUAUUCUAUGACCACAUGACCCAUGGAAAAAAAUCGCCUUUUUCAUUUGUCCGUCCCAAAACGCAAUAGUUUUGUGCAAGUGAUUUGUAAAAUAUUCAUAAUAUUUAAAAAAUAGAGAUAAAUAAAUACGUUGUACAGUUGAA